GAAAAAAAAUGGCUGAGGGCACAAUCAUAUCUUUUGCCAAGAAACUAGCUGUGAUAACAGUAGAAGAGUACAACUUUUUGCAAGGGGUAGAAGGACAGGUUGUGUCUCUUCGUGAUGAACUCGAAUGGAUCAGUUCUUUUCUAAGGGAUGCUGCAGUGCAACGUAGUAAGUACGAGCGAGUGGACGUAUGGGUAAGCCAAGUCAGAGACCUUGCUUAUGAUGCUGAAGAUGUUCUUGACAUAUUCAUCCAUAAGGUAAAGCGGCUAAAGGAAAGAAGCUGGUUAAGAUUCUUAUCAAAAUGGCCUCUCAUUUUUCCUGGUCCACCUAUUACUCUUCACAAAUUGGGGAACCAGAUUAGUAAUAUCAACACAAGAAUCGAAAAGAUUUCAGCUUACAAAUCAAGGUAUGCCAUUGAUAAGUUAAAGGAUAAAGAUUCAUUGGGCAAAGAUGUGGCAUUGAAUAAGAGAAAAGCUCUGGCUUUGGAUGAAGAAAUCAUCAUUGGCUUCGAUAGUCAAUCAAAAGAAGUGGAAAAAAUAUUGACACAGCAGAGAGAUGAUUCUUCACAAUUGCAUAUUGUUUCUAUAGUUGGGAUGGCUGGUACAGGUAAAUCAACCCUUGCUUACAAGGUCUACAAAGUUGUUACAAAUCAAUUUGAUUCAUGUGCUUGGAUAAAUGUUUCCCAAGAAUUUGAACCACAACGUCUCUUGCAAAGCAUGACAGAGCAAAAUCCUGAGAAGACAAAUUUUGGGAGAUUAUUAGUGGUGUUUGAUGAUGUAUGGAGAGAAAAAGAUUGGGAUUCAAUAUACCAAGAUAUCCUUGAAAAAAUUAACAUCGACAGGAAAGAAAGCAGAGUAUUAAUUACUUCUCGCUUUGAUUAUGUAGCCAAACAUGCCAAGUCAAGAAUAAAUCAGAUAGGAAAAUUAGAUGACAAGGACUGUUUAGAGCUUCUUAAAAGGAAGGUUUUCCAUGAUGAGAAAGAUUUCCCAAAAGAACUGGAGAAAUUAGCAGAGCAAAUUGUCAAAAAGUGCAACAGUUUACCACUUGCAAUUGUUGUAUUGGGUGGUCUCUUAUCAACAAAACAGCGAACAAUUGAUGUGUGGACCAAAGUAGUUAGAAGUGCAAGAUGGCAACUACUACAAGGCUCUACAGAAUGCUUUGAGGUAUUAGAUUUGAGUUAUGAUAAUCUACCCAAUCAGUUAAAGCCUUGUUUUCUCUACUUCGGCCUUUUUCCAGAAGAUUGUCCAAUCAAUUGUGAAACCAUAAUUCAAUUAUGGAUUGCUGAGGGUUUCAUCCAAGAGAGAGGAGAAGAAUCAAUGGAAGAUGUUGCAGAGGAUUGCCUCGAAGAUUUAAUUCAAAGGAACAUGAUUCAAGUAGAUUGCAGAAGAUCAAAUGGAACUCUUGAAACAUGUCGAAUCCAUGAUCUGUUAAGAGAAUUUGCAAUCUCAAAAGGACGACAUGACAAAUUUCUUGACAUUUUGGGGGAUAAACGUUUGGCAAAUCGUUGUAUCAUGUCACGUCGACUUGCCAUUUAUUCAAACAAUGAAGAAGCUGAAGGGACUGAAAUUCCAGAUAGCACAUCCUUAAAUAAUCCUCGUUCGAUUUUGUGCUUCACUAAUUUGAGCAAAAAAAAAUUGGAGAACACUUCUUUCUACAAAAACUUCACUCUUCUCAGAGUUUUGGAUCUACAAGGGGCAACAGAACUACAGAGCUUACCUGAUGCAAUAGGGAAACUUGUUCUCCUUAAGUACUUGAAUCUUCGAGGAGCUCGGGUGAAAAGGCUUCCAUCUUCAAUUCGCAAACUCCAAAAUCUUCAAACUCUUGAUAUAUCUGAAACUCAAAUCUUUGGCAUACCUUGUUCAGUAUGGAAAUUGGAAGAACUGAGACAUUUUUAUGCUAAUCUUGAACUUAUUUCUACUAAAGCAGGAUCUUGUUGUGAUCUUCAUUGUGGUGGUUCUCCCCAAAUUGGGCGAUUAAGGAAUCUUCUGACACUAUCUACAAGAGAAUACAAUUGGAUAUCCAAAGACUUCAAUGGAUUGAUCGAUCUCAGAAAGCUAAAGAUCACUGGAGUGGACAUGGACCGUUAUGGAGAAAUAUUAUCUAAAUCUAUUCUGAAAUUUGUUUACCUGAGGGAGUUGGAGAUUGAAUGGGCCAGAGGAAAGCUGCAAUUUCAAGAUUCACUUUCACAACAUGUUCAUCUCUACAAAAUGAGAUUAUCAGGAGCUAUGGAAAAAUUACCAGAUGAUUGUAAUGUUUUUCCACCAAAUCUUAUUGAAUUAGAGUUAUCCAACACGAAAUUAGAGCAGAAUGGUGACUCAAUGAAAACCCUAGCAAAAUUAGAGAACUUACAGUUCCUGCAACUCCGAAAGAGUUCUUUCCUGGGAAACCAUAUGGUUUUUCCUAAAGAUGGGUUUCCUAAGCUUUUAAGCCUGGAUAUUGGAUUGUUAUCUGAUUUAGAAGAAUGGACGGUGGAGAAUGGAUCAUUGGCCAAUCUCAAGGUUCUAAAUCUUAAAAGUUUAGACAACCUAAAGAAGUUGCCGGAUGGAUUUGACAUCGCCAAACUCCAGAAGCUCAAAUUACUCUUGAUGCCACAACAACUCUCAGAAAGUGUUGGAAGAGAUAAGAAGGUAGACAAUUUGGAGAGGCCUCAAGCAUCUACUGAGGAGCCCGAGGGAGGAAAGUGCAAGAACAACUUAUUAAUGGAUCUCCUCAUUAAUGUCCCUCAUUUAUGCAAUUCUGCAUAUAAGCAUGGGGUUCAACAUUUGAUCCUGCCUGGUGUUACUUUCAAUUUUGAAGCUGAGUUUCGUACACAACUAUUGGGGUUGGAUCAGGCUAGAGAGCUUUGA